AUGGGGUGGUUCGACGGCUGGUUUGGAUCCAGCGCGCCCGCGUCCGGCGACCCUCUCAAGUCCCUCGAUCCGAAGCUCCGCGAGUUCCUCGAGCGCGAAUCCCCGGUCAAGGUCCAGCAGCAGGCCGAAGAGGCCCAGAACAAGGCCGGCCGAGCAGCUGAGGUGGCGGCAACGGCGGCGGCGCACGCAUAUGCGCAAUCACAACAGCAAGAGCGCGAUGCAGCGGCAGGGGACUCGUCGGCAGACCGGCCAAAGGUGCCCAAGGAGAGCCUGUUCCAGGACGGCCGGUACGCGCACCUGUGGAAGACAUACCGCCCCUACUUGGACAUCGAGGCCGAGACAAAGACGGACCAUGAGAAGCUUAUGGACGUGCUGGAAGGCUACAAGCAGCGGAAACACAACAUCGGCAGGGCGGCGCUCGAGAACUGCGCGAUCCAGCAGGAGGAGUGGGUCAACUGCAUGAAGAGCGGCGACUGGGAGGACCGAAUGCAGAUGUGCAGACGCCAGGUGCAAAAGUUUGAGAGAUGUUAUACGAUGCAGACGAGAUUUCUCAAGGCGCUGGGCUACCAGUCCAUCUACAACAGACCGGCGCAGGUGGAGGAAGACAUCCAGAUGCACGCGGAUCAACUCUACGCGCGCAUGCUCGAGCAAGAAAGAGCCAUCGAGGCCGCCAAGGAGGAGGGCCUCCCCGCGCCAAAGUUCGACCUCGCGAUACCCACGGCGCCCGGCACUUUCGAGGUGAAGCCCAGGCCGGACCUGGAGAAGUCGUGGCGGGAGAAGCUGGAGCAGCUGCCCGAGGAGGAGCGGGCGGUCGAGGAGGCGGCGUUGCGAGCGGACCUGCAGGCCAAGGCGCAAGUGGCCAAGGACGUGCAGAAGCUAUGGGACGAGCAGGAGAAGGAGAAGGAGCGACGCAAGGCGGAGGGCAAGACUACGAUUGUGGAUCGUAUCACGGGCACUUUCGGCGGUGGCAAGUGA